GUUUUUCAGGUUUCGUUGCAAAUUAUCUGAUAACCGCUUGCUUUAGCCUAAAACCUAACCUCUGGAUGCAUACUGUUGACAGGUUGUUGGACAUUUGAUAUGUCCAUGGGUAUGGUGAUAAAUAUAGGUGCUUCACAAAGUCAAAUGAAGGGAUAUAAAAAUAGGGGUAAAUACUCUUUAAAAUAAAGCAAAAAAAAAAAAAGAAAUGUCAGGCAGGUUUACCUCGGAAGCCAAUACAAGCAUAGUUGGAAACUAAAGAAAAACUAAAGCUUGAUUCAGAAAUUUGGAUUAAUAGUUUUAUCUACAUUUAUAUAUUUACACUUUAAUACUACUAAUUGUGAUCAUUGACAAAAGGAAUGAGCAAAAUAAGCAAAUCAAAUUAAGAGGUAAUUACAAAUAUGAAUUCUAGUUUGCUUCAAAUUAAUUUACCUUCAGAAAUUUACAAAAUGAGUUUUAUUAAUUUGGUUAGUUAAUAUUUAUUAAUUAUUUGAGAUGCAUUAUAAGAUAAACGGAGCUAAUGAAAUCAAAUAAUGUCAAUUUUUAAAUAUAUGUGAGAUGCGUAUAUCAUGUUUCUGUGUAGAGGGGGAACUUUUUUAUUAAAAAGGCAAGAUUAAAUAAAACUUUCCCGUAUGUAUUUUUUAACUAAUGUUAGAAGAUAAUUUUGUUAAGUCUUCUCUGUAUCACACCAGAGUCACACAACUCAAACUAAAACGCUUGGAUCAGAACCGUUUUUCACCUAUUGUCAUUUAAAGAAAUGCCACUCAGAAAAUGGCGGCGAUGUUUCCGUAUUCUACUUGAAGUACGAUGUGGGGCGGGACUUUUCUGCAAAGAUAGCAGAGAGGUUGAUUCCGCUUUGUGAUUGGCUGACAGCUGUAACCAUUCUGCAACUGGCCAAAAGAUGGCGGUAUUCUUUUCGGUUGUUAAAAACAAACGGUCAAAGUAACGUCUUUUUGUGCUACGUCGACUGUAUACAAGGGUUAGGUUCAUUGGUGUUCUGUUAAAUUUUAGUUCAGCUUAUUUCCUUUUUUUAAGUCGCACAAAACAUUGAUUUUAUGUGUUUUACUGAAUUAGUUAGGCCCGGUUUGCUUGGUAGCAACGGCCAACCUUAAAACCCAGAACGCCUUUCGAAUUUAUUAAGUAAAGAGUCAGAAAUAUAAAGGAAAGUUUGAAAGAAAGAAGAUAAUGAUAAAGUGUUUGCCGACGGAGGUUCAGGGGAAGCUUCGCUCCGGUGUGGCCAUCCCGUCCCUUCAGCAGUGCGUGGAGGAGCUCGUUUUAAACAGCAUCGAUGCUGGAGCCACUUGCGUGGGAGUCAGGAUCGACAUGGAGGCAUUCAAAGUUCAGGUGAUCGACAAUGGAUCUGGGAUGACUUCUGAGGACAUGGAGAAUGUGGGAAUCAGAUACCACACAAGUAAAUGCAGUUGUGUUGAAGACCUGGAGAACCUCAGAUUUCAUGGCUUCAGAGGAGAAGCCUUGGCGAGCAUAGUUUCUUUAGCUACGCUUGUUGAAAUCUCCUCCCGGAGCAGACUGUCAGUGAAAACUCACGUUAAAAUGUUCAAGGAUGGCCAGGGCAUGGCUGUCUUCGAAGGAGAGACGGCUCGACCCUCUGCAGGGACGACUGUUAUCAUUUGUAACUUCUUCCACAACAUGCCGGUCCGGAGGAAGAGGGUGGAUGUAGUCCUGGAGGGUGAGAGGAUCAGACAAAGGGUGGAGGCUGUGUCCCUGAUGCAUCCUUCUGUGUCCUUCACCUUGAAGAAUGACUGCACAGGGACCAUGAUGGUGCAGCUUCCUAAAGCCAGAGAUACCUAUCACCGCUUUGUUCAGAUACACAACCUGGCACGGGCAGAGAAACUGGGAGAGAUCAGCCACACACACAAACAGUUUCAAGUAACCGGUUAUCUUGGCAAAGAGGGGCACUACAACAACAGCUUGCAGUACCUGUAUGUGAAUGAUAGACUCCUGCUAAAAACACGGAUCCACAAGCUCCUCAACUGUCUCCUGCGCAGGCUGAGCAGCUCAAACCAGAAGAAUGACAGCCCAGACGGGACUUCUGUGAUCCAGAGACCAAAGCAUAAGCGAAACCAGGAUCUGUAUGGAGUGUACAUCAUUAAUAUAAAAUGUUCUUGCUCAGAGUUUGACAUUUGUCUUGAGCCAGCAAAAACUCUAGUGGAGUUCAAAGACUGGGAUGGUGUUUUACUUUGCAUUGAAGAAGCAGUUAAAGCUUUUCUGAGGAGGGAGAGGUUGGUGUCCCUGUUUUCUCAAGAGGACGUGGACUGUGUGGUUUUUGGUACUGAAAGAACGGAUCAAAAAGAGGAAACUGAGAUGGCUGGUCAAGGAGCUAUUGGUGCUUCUAACUUGGACAUCAGCGUUGGAAUGAAACUGGCAUCUGAUUUUGUUCAUCGUAGGAGUGCAGUUGAUAGUGUUUGCCUGGAGUCCGACCAGAAUGAUAGCAGAACUGAUGAAGCUCAACGAUAUGAUCUAAUGGGUAUAGCUUUAAAUGAAUUUAAGAAGACACCACAAUGUGAUCUGGAGCCUGCAUCAAUUGGUCUAAAUGAUGAAGUCAAGCAAACAGUCACUGAAGCUGCUGAAAAUUUAGACGGGCAAAAGAGACAAGACUGUGGCCUUUCAAAAGAACAAGAAACCCAACAGAGUAGCAGUGAUUCACAUUUACCUGUCAGCCAAAUUCCGACAUGUCAGCUUGAAUUAAACGUUAAUAAAGAAAUAUUGCAGUGUCCUGUCACAAAGAUUAGAUUGUCUGACCCAUAUAUUCACCAAAGUCUAAAGAUUCAGAAUCUGUCCCAAAGCGAGAAGCCUGAGUUUCAGGUACAACAUGCAGCUCUAAAUUGUGAGGAAAAAUUCCUUACAUCAAAACGUAAAAUACCACUGGAGUCAAACAGUGAUGUUGCCUCUAGGAAACCAUGCAGUGACCUUGCUACUGUCCUUCCCUCAAAGAUUCCCAGAGUUAAUGCUGUUGAGAAGUUAUCAACAUUCGAGCCGCCCGGAUCGCUUGAUAAGUUUAGACAAACGUACAGUAAAUCUCUUCAAGGGAAAUUUUGGCAUCGUCAGUCACAGAACAAUGCCCAUUUUUUUCAGACAUUAAGCUUUGCAAAAAAUCCCGCAGGUUCUUCUGCUUUCCAAGAAAAUGAACAAGAUCAAGAUGACUCUAAAGAUGACGAUAAGGAACAGAGCAUCUUCCAAAGCCCAACAAAACUCACAGCUAAUUACAAAAGAAGUAAAAUAUCUUCGGCAGCUAAACUCCGUAGUUUGAAACAACACAUGGCAGAAGAUGUAGAAGUCAGGAAUCUUUCAGAGGACAAAAACAGUCUCAGUAUUUUUACAGAUGUUACCCAGGACUGGGUCAACGGUCAGAAUCCACACAACCAUAAAGUGCCUGUUGAACCUUCAUUGGACAGCAGCUGUAAACAUCAGCUGGAUGAGGAUGGCUCAACAUGCAGUGACUGGCUCCAUCACUAUGAUACAUCUGUGGGGAAAACUGUUUAUAUCAACACAAAGACUGGGCUCAGCAGAUAUGAGGAACCAGCCUCAGAAGAAACACAAGUACCUUGUACAUCUGAUGUUUCCAACAUGGCUGUUAGUGUCAUCUCUGAAAUGGGUAUGGAAUACAGGUGUUACCCAUUCCAGCUGGAUUUAGUGUUGCCUUUCCUGCCUAGAUCCAGGGAAGGAAGAGUGGUUAGCUCAGGGACUGAGCUUAGAGACGAUGCUAAUGAGAACUCCCUUUCUUCCUUGUACUCCAAAUGGAAAAAUCCAGUGUUUGUCCGCCCGCCUACAGUUGGUGUGGAUAUAUCUAGUGGACAAGCUGAUGGACUGGCUGUGAAGAUCCACAGCAUCCUCUUUCCAUACCGCUUUUCUAAGAACAUGAUUCACUCAAUGAAGGUUGUUAAUCAAGUGGAUAAAAAGUUUCUUGCAUGCCUUAUUAACGCAAGAGAUGUGGACUCAGCGGCACAGACUGACACUGAAGGAAACCUACUGGUGUUGGUGGAUCAGCAUGCGGCACAUGAGAGGGUUCGCCUUGAAAAUUUAGUUGAAGAUUCAUAUGAAGAUGACCCAGAUGCCGCCGGGGCGAAACGUUUGAGUUCAUCAACCAUUUUACCACCGUUGGAGAUCAGUGUAGCAGAAGAGGAGCUCCGGCUGCUUAGGUCUUCUCAGCCACAUUUGAAGAAUUUGGGCCUUGAAGUUACUUUCUCAAAGACAGGAGCUCCACAGUUGUUUGUGGGAAAGGUACCGCUGUGCUUCAUGGAAAAAGAGAGCAAUGAACUCAGGCGAGGCAGACCGUCUGUUAUCAAGCCUAUUGUUGAGGAGUAUCUUCGAGAGCAAACAGAGUUACUCCGUGUGACAGGCAGAGUCACAGGAACUUUGCCCCUCACUGUUUUGAAAGUGCUCGCCUCCCUGGCAUGCCAUGGUGCCAUCAAGUUUAAUGACACUCUAAGCAGCGAUGAGUGCCACAGCCUGGUAGCAUCCUUGUCUUCAUGCCAGCUGCCAUUCCAGUGCGCCCACGGCCGUCCAUCUAUUGUUCCCCUCGUAGACGUCCUUCAUCUGGACAAGGACCAGAAGGAUUUCCAGAAACCCAACCUGCGAAAGCUAAGAAGAAUGUAUAAAGCAUGGGAGCUGUAUGGAAAUAAAUAAAAAAGGAGGUCAGUCAAGAUAUGAGUGCUCAGGACAAUCAAUUUGUUCCAACAGUUACAGCAAUAUCCUCUACCCCAGAUUUCCAGUGGAUGGUCCAGCCUACGUUUAUUACAUCUGUCUCCCCGUCUCUGGGCAGC